ACAAUGUAGAAAAUAGUAAAAAUAAAGAAAAACCCUGGAAUGAGUAGGUGUGUCCAAACUUUUGACUGGGACUGUGUGUGUUGUAAAACAUUAGUUUGUUUUAAAAAGGUGAUUGUCUUUAAAUGAAUAGCACAUACAUUUGAUGUUAUUAUAACGUUUCUAUGUUAUGACAGAGAGGAAAUGUGGCGUUGUUGCUUUGUGCCCACAGAGAUCUGACCGGUCAGACUCCCUACAUCGUUGCUCCUGACAAGGACACCAGGAACGUGUUUAGGAAGUACAUGGCUGAUCACCCUGACAAAUACAACUACAGCAAGGCUCUGGUUCCUGGUCCGCUGACGGCCGAGUUGGAGUCCAAGAAGACUGAGAAGAAAAGGGCUCAGAAAGUGGCCAAGAAAACGAGGGAGAAAGAGCAGAAAGAACAGAGGAAGAGACUAGAGAUGGAGGCUGAGGAGAAGAAAAGAUUUGCCUCCUUAAGCGAUCGAGAGAAGAGAGCACAGGCUGCGGAGAAGAGGUUGGCAGAGCAUCAGGCCUCAACAGGGGGAGACCUUUCAAACACCAGGCGGUGUUGGCAGUGUGGGGAGUCCCUGGUGGGAAAGGUCCCGUUUCAAUACCUAGACUUCAGCUUCUGCACCCCUCGCUGUGUCCAGGAGCACCGCAAGGCUAAUGUGGCUAACAGGAGCAGGGCAGGAAACUGACUAGCAUGUUGCUACCGUCACAACCCUACCAUACUGUUGCCACUUCACUAUAGAAGCCUCAGGCCUACUAAUCUAUUGGUUGGUGGGGACAGAGCACGCAGACCCAGAGACCUAACUGGACCAAGCCCCAGACCUCAGUCAAUCUGAUCUUGAUGUUGCCCAUCUGAUAGGAUUAAAAUGCACAGAAAUAGAAUUAAUAUAACAUAUGAAUGGGGACUCCUGUUCUAUUCAUUAUAUUUCUAUGCGUUUAAUCCCAUCAAAUAGGCCAAAAUCCAGAUGGAUAACUUUCGAUGAAAACUGGACCUGGUGACGAGCAGCUUUGUUACGAUUCCGUUUAACUCAGAAGAUCUGCCUUGUAGCACCGUUGGAAAUGUGAAAGGUCAUUUUCCGAUUUGAGCCUUGAACAUGUGCAGCGUUUACUGUGAAAGCCUUUUAAAUGGAGCUGAUCGUUUCAGGAAAGGAGGCAGAGCUGGGGUCUGAACCAGGUCUGAACCAGGUCUGAACCGGGUGAACUGGUGUCAAAUGAAAUCACUGUUGGUGUGGAAUGGAAUAAUAAACCAUAUUAAUUCAGCUGUACGUGUGAUUGAUGAAACUCUUUAUUCAUGUACACAGUGUUUUUAUAAAAUAGGUAUAUAGUAACGUGCCAAAACAUAGUAUCUGACAGAAGCACAGCAACUCAUGUUAUUAAAUCAUGUCAAAACAA